UACAAAUCAUGGGAUUUUGCUUUUCUAAAACCAAAGAUUCAAAAAAUAAAAGACUAUUCGCUAAAUUUAAACCUAUGGAAGAGGAUUUUUGGAAAUCAAAAGCAAUUUUUCCCGACCAAUAUCUCAAAGUGCUUGAAUAAAGAUAUUAUGCAUUGUAGCCUGAAGAUGGUCUAAAUUUGGAAAAGUUACAAUUGUUGAUACCAAAUGUUGGUUCAAGUAAAAACUCAACAAUAUAAAGUGCUUUUAUCUAGACUGUUACGAUAUUUUAAUACGAAUUUGGAGGAUCAGAUUGAUUUUAAUGGAAUUUGCUUAAUUAUUAGUAAAUUCUUAAAUGCAGGAAAAAAUGGAAAAAUGGAUUUAAUUUUUCAAUUAUAUGAUUUAGAUAAUGAUUAAAUGCUGAAUUCAAGUGAAUUCGGCUUACUGAUUAAAGAGAAUAAAAAUUUAUUCAAUGAAGGUAACAUAAGAGAUUAAUCUUUUACAAGAGCCAAAUUUAUGGCUUGGGCAGUAGAUAAUCUCAAACCAGAUUAGACAAUGUCAUUUUAAAUAUUUUUAAGGCCAGAUUAGGAAAAAAAAACAAUCGAAGAGCAAAAAGAAAAAAUAGAAAAUGAUUAAGUUUAUAUAAUAAGUUCUAAAUGGUGGAACAAUUGGACGUAAUAUGUAAAUAUGGGAAAUGCUUCUCCUGAAUAAUAAGUAGAUGCUGGCAUACAUAAUCCGUAACAGGAAUUUAUAGAAAUCAAUUCUUAAUAAUGGUUUGCUAGACCAGGACCAAUCGAUAAUCGAGACAUAGCAGGGGAAUAUGAAGAAGAAUUGAAAGUUCAAUUAAAACUAGGAUAUGAUUUUGAAUUUGUAGGAAAGGAAGCUUGGAAGAAUUUAGUGAGCUGGUAUGGAAUCACAGAUAAAAGACUUGAAUUCAAGAGAAAGUAUGACAAAGAUAAAAAGAGGGUGGAAGGAUACCCAACAAUUAUAUAAGCAUUUUAAACAGAUAAGAAUGGAAAUGUAGAAUAUAAAAAAUGGUUUAAACUUAAAACGUCUGAAGAUUCUACAAUGCACGAUGUCAGAAUUAAACUAUUUAAGAAAUUUGAAAUUAAAAAUAGCACAAAUGGCUCUGAAUAUCUGUUAUAUAAGAUGAAAAUUAAUGAAGAUUGGGAGUUGAUUUAAGAUUUAGAUGAUAAUAUUACUAAUCUCAAUAUUACAUCUGGAACAUUCUUCACAUUAACUAAACUUUAACAGAAACCCAAAUCGAAAGUUGGUAAUUGGUAAUUAGGAUAAAAAAGUCUAAUUGAAGAUCCUUCUCAAAAAGUUGAAAAAAAUUGUUUAGUAUAACGAUUUUCUGAAGAUCUUAAAUAUGUUAUUUUGCAUAUUGAAGGAUAGAGUUUUUUUGAUGAUUUUUAAAUAGAAAUAAAAUAAAAUCUUGGGGCCUAAUUUAGUUCUUAAAUAUAAGGAAGAUCCUCUAAAAUUAAAUAUCCUGGCUUAUAAAAUCUUGGCAAUACUUGUUACAUGAAUUCUGCCUUACAAUGUUUAAUAAACACUAGAUUUUUCUUUAAUUUUCUUUAUAAUGAACGUUACAAGAAUAAAGUAUAAGUUAGCAAUUCUAUAGUGUAACAACUAAGUUCUCUAACAAAGGAAUUAAAAAACACACCUGAACCAUCUAUAUCACCUACAGCUUUUUAAAAUACUUUAGUCAAGAUUUUCCCCAAAUAUAAGAUGUACGAAGCUCAAGAUGCAGAUGAAUUCUUAGAUGAUUUAUUAAAUCAGAUUUCAAAGGAAUUAAAAGGGUUUGACACAAAUUUAGAUGGAAUCAUUGAGACCCUGUUUCAAGGAGACUAUUUAACUUUAACACGAUGUUAAAAUUGUCAAUUAGUGACGGACGAAUCAGAAUAAAAUAAAAUAUUUCGUUUAAAAAUUUAAGAAGAAGUUGGUGUUUUCAAGCUAAGAAUAUUAAUUUUUAUGAAAUUAGAAUUUUAAAAUGAUGAUCAUGAAUAAUUUACCUUAGACGAAAUGGACUUACUGAAGAAAACAAUUAUUCUACAGAAUAAUGCUGACACUAUUAAAAUGAGAGAUCUAUAUUAAAAGAUAAAUUCUUUUUUAAAUCUUUCUUAAAAUGAAUAUGAAUUCGCUAUUUGUUAUAAGAAGGAAAUAAUAAAAACUUUUAUCAAUAUUGAUGAAAAUCAAGAAUUAACCAAUUUGGGUAUUAUUCAAAACCAGACUCUAAAUUUAUACUAAUUGGGAAGUGCGUAUUAAGCAUAAAGAGAAUUUGAAAAAAUAUCCAAAAUGUUUAAUUAUUCAUCUCAAGAUUUCAAGUUAAAUGAUCCUAUAAAUUUUUUGGAUCCUCAUAAUUAAUGGAAACAAGGUAAAAUUGUGUAAGUAAUCCAAUAGAAUCCUACUAAGUAUAAAAUUCUUUAUCGUUCAUAAUAACAUAAUAACAACGAAAAACAAUUUGAAUUUAUUAUGGACAAACAAAAAAUUGUAAAAUUUAGAGAGAAAAUUAAAAAUCACACAUUUGAGAAGGUUCCACUUAUACAUUAUUAUUUCAAUACAUUUAAGAAGCAAUUUAAUUUAACAUUAAAACCAAUUAUCCUUUUGUUACCGAUUUAAUCACUGUCUCUUUUAGAACUCAAGGUCUACAUUUACAAAUAAGUUUAAAGAUUCAUUAAUAUUGUAAUCAUUUGAUUAAUUUUAGAAAAACUUCAGUGUUUAAUCUCCUUUCCAAUAUUCGAAUGUAUCCUAAUAGGAAAUUUGUAAUUUCUUUGCAAAUCCAUCGUUCCCAUAUAAAAUUCGAGUUUUAGAUUAGAAUAAAAAAUGCUUAUUUUGUGAAAAAAUAUGGCCACCCAAUAAUAUUACAAACUAUCAUUGUAAGGGAUGUGAAGAGGAUCCGAUAUUAUUGAAUUUCGACCAAUUUACAAAGCCUAGUAUAAUUUUAGAGUGGUAGGAUAUAAAAUAUGCCAAAAUAUUAGAGAAAAAAAUUGAUGAAUAUGAUGAGAGAUUACUUAAAUAGCUUAAACUUUAGUAAUGUCUUGAAAAAUCAGCAGAGGAUACUAUUCUGACAAAAGAAUGCAAAAAAUGCAGUUAACAAACUCCUUUUAGAACCAAUUCUUAUCUAAGCAAACCCCCAAUAAUGUUGAUUAUAAAUUUGCAAAAAUACAAAAGUAAUGGGUUUUAAUUUGAAAGAUAUAUUGAUUUUCCGUUAAAUUCCUUAGAUAUAAAAGAUUGUCUGUAGGAAAAAGAAACUGUACUAUAUGACCUUUAUGCUGUCAUAAACAGUAAAAAAGGAAGGGAUAUUAGUAAUAAAUGAUCUUUACUUUAGCACAUUACACUGCGUAUAUAAAAAAACAGGAUGAAUGGUAUGAAUUUGAUGAUUCCAACGUUUAGAAAAUAAAAAAUGUUUAAACAAAGAACGCAUAUAUCUUAUUCUAUACUAUAGUAAACAUUCCAAUUUAUAGUGACAUCUAAUUGCAAGAUUUUAAAUGAUUUAGUAUUUCGAUGAUAAUUCAUAAAAU